AUGCGGCGUCGGGCUGCCGAGUUUCGGCGCCCGAUUCGACGGAAGUUGUCUUAUGGGAUCUGCUUUCUGCUUGGAGCUUUCUCUGUUGUCGGUUUGGUUUUGUUUUUUCUUCAACAUAAUUACCAUGAAGAUCGGGUCAAACAUCCUCUUCUGGAGGGAAACAAAAAUGUAGAACAUUUUGCUAAGGAUAGAUUGAAUUUUACCGAAGAAAUUUCAAGUGCAACAUCUUUUUCAAGGCAAUUAGCAGAGGAAAUGGUUCUGGCCAAAGCUUACGUGGUUAUCGCAAAAGAACAUAAUAAUCUUCAUCUAGCAUGGGAGCUAAGCUCAAAGAUUAGAGCUUGCCAGCUUUUGCUGUCGAAAGCUGCCAUGGCCGGAAGGCUUGUCACGAAGGAGGAAGCCGAACCGAUAAUUAAAAGCCUAUCUUCUUUGAUUUUCAAGGCGCAAGAUAUCCAUUAUGACAUUGCAACCACUAUAGUUACAAUGAAAUCGCAUAUUCAAGCUCUUGAAGAGCGAGCGAUUGCAGCGUCAGUUCAAAGCAAUGUGUUUGCUCAAAUAUCGGCCGAAGCAUUGCCGAAGAGUCUUCAUUGCUUAGAUGUGAAACUUAGUGCUGAUUGGUUAAAGAAACCUUCUCUGCAAAAACUCUCAGAUGAGACGAGAAACUCGCUCCGGCUUACGGAUCAGAAUCUAUACCAUUUCUGCAUCUUUUCGGAUAAUGUACUGGCAACGUCGGUCGUUGUUAACUCUACAGUCCUCAAUGCUGAGUAUCCAAUGCAGUUAGUUUUUCAUAUUGUAACCGAUGGUGUCAACUAUGGAACAAUGCAAGCAUGGUUCCUCGGUAACGACUUUAAAGGUGCUACAAUAGAAGUGCAGAAUGUCAAAGAUUUUCAUUGGCUGAAUGAAUCUUAUUCUCCGAUUGUCAAACAGCUUCUCAAUUCAGAAUCUCGAGCCUUUUAUUUCGGAGCAUAUCCAGAUGUAAACCCCGAACCGAAACUGCGGAACAACAAGUUUUUGUCUUUACUAAACCAUCUUCGGUUUUACAUCCCCGAGAUUUAUCCACAGCUUGAAAAGAUUGUUUUCCUCGACGACGACGUUGUUGUCCAGAAAGACCUAACACCACUUUUCUCACUUGAAUUGCAUGGAAACGUAAUCGGUGCGGUCGAAACCUGUCUUGAAGCAUUUCACCGGUACUACAAGUAUCUCAACUUCACAAAUUCAAUCAUAAGCUCAAAGUUCGAUCCACAGACAUGCGCGUGGUCAUUAGGCAUGAAUGUGUUUGACUUGAUUCAAUGGAGGAAAUCAAAUGUGACAGCAGUAUAUCACUACUGGCAAGAGCAGAAUGCCAACGGGACGCUGUGGAAGCUCGGUACACUUUCUCCUGCACUUCUUAGUUUUUAUGGUUUGGUGGAACCACUUGACAGAAGAUGGCAUGUAUUAGGAUUAGGUUAUGACCUAAAUAUCGAUAACCGAUUAAUUGAAAGUGCGGCUGUUAUUCACUUCAAUGGUAACAUGAAACCAUGGCUGAGAUUAUCUAUAAGCAGGUAUAGGCCACUAUGGCACAAGUACAUAAAUCAAAGUCACCCUUAUUUUCAAGAAUGUGCUAUAGGUUAA